AUGAAUAUAUCUCUUCUCUUUGUUUUACUCAUCGGAGCGUUCAGUGUCAAGACAAGAUUGACCGAAAAAGAGAACGAAAAAGUUAUUAAAGUCAAACUAGAAGAUACUAUUGAAAUUAAUGUCAGAACAAAUCCAACAACAGGAUACGACUGGAAUAUGAAACUUAAUAACGCUAAAUUAAUCUUGUCAAGCGACACAACUACUGCGGUGCCUCAUGAACCUUCUAUGGUAGGAUUCCCUUCAGAUAGACUUUUCGUCUUGAAACCUCAAGAACCAGGAACAACUAUUAUUGAAUUAAAUUAUAUAAGACCGUGGAUGCCAGAUAAUGCUGCUCGUAAGUUGAAAUACACUAUUAUCAUUCAAUAA